GUUGUGAAUUCAAACAUCUUGCGCUCUAGAGUGGAAUGGCACACAAUUGCAGUUGCAGCAAGGGGCCAUGGCCGUGCGCACAAAAGCUAGCCAGACACGCACUUUUUACCUACAUAAACGAUCCAUUGGUUCCCAAAAAGAUGAUGGCCUUCCCCGCAGCCAAGCCAGCAAGGAAGCAAGGCCUGCUCUUCUCUGCUCAUUAAUUCUUGCACCAUCACCAGCAGCAGCAGCAGAGUGCAUGGGCACCCGCGAGAGCAAAUGCUACCCCUCUCCUCCCGAUUCCACCAGCAAAUCAGCAGCACCAGCACCAGCAAAGGAGGCUUCUCCUCCCACUACCACUAUCUCCUCGCUGUCUCUAGGGUCAACUUCCAACUCCUCAUCGUCGUCAUCAGCGGCUUGCUCCUCGUCGCCUCCACGACCGCGUGACCUCAUCCUCCUCCACGACAGCAGCAAGAGCAGGGAGUGCGACGUGGUGGUGCUGGACCCCAGGUCCUCCUACCAUUGCAGAUUGCAGCAAGCUCACCUCUGUGCAUCCUCCUGGCAAUGGCAGGCUUGCAACACCCAAACACAAGCCCAAGCGCCCGCGACCCAAACAGCAGCUUCUGCAGCAGCACAAGAGGCAGAAGCCGGCAACGGAGCAGGUGGCGGAAGAUGAACUCACCAAUCCCGUCAUCGCCAUAGAUUGCUUCAUCUCUCUGUUCAGCCAGAAUCCGUAAUAUAAUUGGUGUUUUAUUGCGAAAUCACUCUAAACAGCUUGCUUGCUUGCUUCUUUUGGCCGCAAUGAGUAGACUAGCUUGCUUCGUUUGGCCACAA